UGUCCUCAGUCCCCCGUUUGCACCCUCCACGGCAACACCACUCUCAAGCACCCCUUCUGCCCUCAGCCUUCUCCAACCUUCUCCCUCGUUGAAUUCUGUUCUUGGUUGAUCGAGAAGGAUAGCGUCAGAGCGCCAUGCCUCCUUCUCUCCCAGAAAGGCUUACUUCAGCUAGCUAAGUAUUUUCAUCGUCUCAGUAGCUGGUACUUUCUUUGAGAUUCUGGUACGAACUCUCUACCUGCGGUCUCUCUUGUUUGUUUGUCAAUCGGGUUCUACCUCCAUGUCGCUCACGGAGGCCAGCCUCCACUUCUGCUACCUCCACUCCCUCUCCAUCGUGAUGCUCUACUUCCUCUACGUGAUCUCUUGAAUCGCCUCAGCCACGUUCCCAAGAAACCGAUCGAACAAAGCUUUUAUUUGAUUCAGAAUCGAAGCUUUGUUUGGUCUAAAAUAUUUAUCGCUAGUUCUUGUCCCUCUUCUUGCAUGAUCUUGUCCCGUUCUUCUUCCCCUCCUUUGUAAUCGCAGCUAGCUAAGUUCCGUGCCCCCCCCCCCUCCUAUAUUUGAUCAUUCAAGAAGGAGCGGGCGCUGCACCAAGAUAAGUGUUCUUCUUCUGUAAUAAGAUGGCUCCAGCGGUGGCGCAGGCCGGGGUGCGCCGCGCCGCGGUGAUCACCGAGGAAGAGCGCCGGCGCAACCGGAUGAAGUCGAAUCGGCUGUCGGCGCGCAGGUCCCGCAUGAAGCGGCAGCAAUACGUGGACGACCUGACGGCGCUCGCGGACCGGCUCCGGGGCGAGAACGAGGCGAUGCGCUCCUGCAUCGACGGCGCGCUGCGGCAGUGCCGCCUGUUGGAGCAGGAGAACCGAGUGCUCACCGCGCACGCGCGCGAGCUGUGCGCAGCCCUCAUGCUGCGGAACUCCCAGCUCCGCCUGCUCGGGACCGUCACCAGCGUGACGCUCGACGUGCCGGGCGUGCCCGACCACCUCGUGCAGCUGUACGGCGGCAUGCAGAUGCCACAGACAUUGCCGUCGCUGCCAACACCGCUGCCGUUGGAGAUUCAGAUGCUGUUCCAGCCCGACGUCGUGGACGCCGUCAGUAGCCUCGGGUUCUGAGUUGCAAGUGAAACUAUAGUGUGAUGUGUGCUUUGUUUUUCGCGUGCUGUUCUUACAUAUUUCGCGUGUUGUUUGUUUGGAUGUGUUUGCCCAGCAUCGUUGUGCUGUACGCUUAUUGUAUAUAUCAACUGUACUGUAGUAUAUACUGAAGUGUGAUGUGUUAAAUGUCGUCGAUAAAAGAAUCUAUGCAAUGUCAGUUGUGUAAUGCUGAAACUGAUGAAGAGACGUGUUUCUGGAGUUCUUGUAGACAAGUAUCUUUUCUUGGAAGACUGUUUCAGUGUUGAGGUUUUAGGCUGCUUGUGUUGAGUCUGUCGGUGUACAUUUUUUUGGA